AUGGAUGAUGAAGUUCUUUCCGGUUUUGCACGACGUACAAGGAGAAGAUGUGAUACCAAUGAACCAAAUGGACCCCAUGCACCGACAAAUAAGUUUGCUGAAUUCAAGAAAUUAGCUCCACCAUACUUUGAUGGUAGCAGCGAUUCGCUAAAAGCUGACAAGUGGAUAAAAGAGUUGGAGAAGUUCUUCGAUGUACUCAAAUGUGACGAUGUGGAAAAGGUACGAUUUACAAUAUUUCAGUUACAAGGAAAUGCAAGCGACUGGUGGGACUUGGAGAAGCAAACUUACGAGCGCGAUACAAGUACACUCUCAUGGGAUACAUUUAAGCAAGCUUUUUACAACACAUACUUUCCCAAGAGCUUGAGGCAAGAGAAAGAGAUGGAAUUCAUAAAUCUGAAACAGGGAAAUAUGAUUGUUACUAAAUAUCAAGCUCGGUUUGUGGAAUUAGCAAAGUUUGCUCAAUCAUGA